AUGGCCCCCAAGAAGGCUACGACUGAGGGUGCGGAGAAGUCUGCAAGGAAGACCAAGUCUCCGGGCGGACCCAAAAAGAAACUCUCGCCCUUCAACAAGUACAUGAAGAAGGAACUGGCUCGCCUGAAGGAGGACAAGCCGGACCUGACACACAAGGAGAGGUUCACGCUCGCGACUCAGAACUGGAAGACCGCCAAGGAGGAAAAAUGA